UAUUUAAAAACACGCAAAUAUUAUUCGAUAUCCUCUUAACAAAUGGCAGAAGUUCAACCAUUAGUAGUUGAUAAUGGGUCUGGGAUAUGCAAGGCUGGUUUUGCAGGUGAUGAUGCUCCGCGUGCAGUAUUUCCCUCAAUUGUAGGUAGACCUAAACACAAAGGUGUUAUGAUGGGUAUGGGACAAAAGGAUUGCUAUGUAGCUGAUGAAGCCGAGGCUAAAAGAGGUAUACUAACUUUAAGAUACCCUAUAGAACACGGUAUUGUAACUAAUUGGGAUGAUAUGGAGAAAAUUUGGCAUCACACAUUUUAUAACGAAUUGAGAGUAGCUCCUGAAGAGCAUCCCGUUUUGUUGACUGAAGCUCCUUUGAAUCCUAAGUCUAACAGAGAAAAGAUGACACAGAUUAUGUUUGAAACCUUUAAUGUUCCCGCUCUUUAUGUCGGUAUACAAGCCGUGUUAGCUUUAUAUGCAUCAGGAAGAACUACAGGUCUAACUUUUGACUCAGGAGAUGGUGUCUCACACACGGUUCCAAUCUAUGAAGGGUAUGCCUUGCCUCAUGCUAUCAUGAGAAUUGAUUUGGCAGGUAGAGACUUAACGGAAUAUUUGCAAAAGAUUUUGACAGAAAGAGGCUACUCAUUUACCACGACUGCUGAAAGAGAAAUAGUUAGAGAUAUUAAAGAAAAACUCUGCUAUGUUGCAUUAGAUUUUGAAGAGGAAAUGAAAUUAGCCGAAACUUCCUCAGAAAUUGAAAAGAGUUAUGAAUUACCUGAUGGCAGAAUCUUGACAAUAGGCAACGAGCGCUUUAGAUGCCCUGAGACAUUUUUUAAGCCAUUCUUCAUUGGAAUGGAAUCUGGUGCUAUUCAUGAAACCACCUACAACUCUAUAAUGAGAUGUGAUAUGGAUAUUCGUAAGGAUCUAUACAAUAAUAUUGUAUUUUCCGGGGGAUCUACUAUGUAUCCUGGACUGAAGGAAAGACUAGAAAAGGAAAUAAGAGCGUUAGCACCCCCAACUAUGACAAUAUCGGUUUUAGCUCCUCCUGAAAGGAAAUUUUUGGUUUGGAUUGGAGGAUCAAUCUUAGCAUCUCUAUCAACCUUUCAAUCUAUGUGGAUAAAUAAAGAAGAGUAUGAUGAAGUUGGGCCUUCUAUAGUUCAUAGGAAAUGUUUUUAAAUUAUUUAUAUAUUUUUUAAAAUUAUAUUUAAUGAUAAUUUUCAUCAUAAACUAGCUUUUUAAAAUAACGCUUUAAUGAUA